GAGAGUGAAGAAAAACGGUGAAUAGUCAGAAUCGAUCGGUCGUCGCGAGAAAAGCAAGUGCUAGUUGAAAACUGCUUACGGGAGUGUUCAUUGAAGAGCUUGUUUUAAUACAUAUUUUAUCUGUAACGGUAAUCUUGGUCAUCAGCCAUCAAUAUGAGAGAAAUUGUACAUCUGCAAGUCGGCCAGUGCGGAAAUCAGAUUGGAUCCAAGUUCUGGGAAACCAUCUCAGACGAGCAUGGUAUCAAUCCGUCCGGUCACUACAUCGGCAACAAUGAUCUCCAGUUGGAACGCAUUGACGUGUACUACUCGGAGGCCAACGGAAACCGAUAUGUACCAAGGGCUGUUCUCGUCGAUCUGGAACCAGGCACCAUGGACUCGGUCCGUCAGUCUCCCUACGGUGACCUGUUCAGACCGGAUAAUUUUGUCUUUGCGCAAUCCGGAGCCGGUAAUAAUUGGGCCAAGGGUCACUACACAGAAGGUGCCGAACUGGUUGAAAGUGUUCUUGACGUAGUACGUAAGGAGGCCGAAACAUGUGACUGUCUACAAGGCUUUCAGUUGGCACAUUCCCUCGGUGGCGGAAGUGGUUCCGGCAUGGGCACUCUGCUCGUCUCCAAAAUUCGCGAAGAGUAUCCUGACAGGAUUAUCAACACAUUCUCAGUCUAUCCCUCGCCAAAGGUCUCGGAUACUGUCGUAGAGCCGUACAAUGCCGUUCUAUCUAUUCAUCAGCUGGUGGAAAAUACCGACGGAACGUUCUGCAUCGACAACGAAGCACUCUAUGAUAUCUGCUUCCGAACGUUGAAGCUCAGCUCGCCGACCUACGGCGAUCUGAACCAUCUAGUAUCCCUUACAAUGUCCGGCGUGACAACGUGUUUCCGAUUCCCAGGUCAGCUUAAUGCCGAUUUACGUAAGCUGGCCGUCAACAUGGUUCCAUUCCCGCGUUUGCAUUUCUUCAUGCCCGGUUUUGCACCGCUAACGGCCAAGGGCUCACAACAAUACCGUAUUGAAAGCGUUUCCGAACUGACCGCGCAGAUGUUCGAUGCGAAGAACAUGAUGACGGCAUGCGAUCCCAGACACGGACGGUAUCUGACCUGCGCGGCCAUCUUCCGAGGUCUCGUCUCGAUGAAGGAAGUUGAUCAGCAAAUGAUGAACGUCCAGAGCAAGAAUAGCAGCUACUUCGUGGAAUGGAUUCCGAACAAUGUGAAGGUGGCUGUAUGUGACAUUCCUCCACGUGGUCUGAAGAUGUCGGCGACGUUCAUCGGAAACUCGACGGCCAUUCAGGAGAUCUUCAAGCGUAUCUCCGAACAGUUCACUGCCAUGUUCAGACGGAAGGCUUUCCUGCAUUGGUACACCGGCGAAGGUAUGGACGAGAUGGAGUUCACCGAGGCGGAGUCCAAUUUGAACGAUCUGAUCUCCGAGUACCAACAGUACCAGGAAGCUUCAGUUGAUGAAUACGAGGACGGCGAGCAAGAGUUCGAAGAGGAAAAUGAACAGCACGAUUAGGAUUAGUAAUCACGUGGGCUUAUCGUUGUUUGUUGCCUUUUUGAGAAAUGUGUUCAAUAUUUACGAUCGCUUCAUAUUUUAUUUUAUUUUUUUUUUUAACGCAUUAACGACUCUGUACCCUUUGAGGUACUAAUAAGUAAAGGAAUGUAUAACAAUGAUUCUUAUGAGUUUUAAAAUGUGAUCACGUGAAGUAAACCAUUCGGAACCAUUAGUACAACGUUUUCGAGAAAGCAUGAACGUUGAAAUAUCUCGCUCUCAACUUUCAACUGUAAUGAAACGUGUUUCUAUGCAUUAAAAUAUUUUAACACAUUAAA